CUCACAAAAGCUAAAAUUGAUGGAAGUUUCCACAUCAUGCGUGGCAUGAAAUUCGAGUGUAGAUCAGUGGUGGUUUUAUCGAAUGUUUAUCGAAUUUUAUGAUUGCUAAGAUUUUAACUAAAGAAUUUUAAAAGAUUUUAAUAAAAUAUCUCUGCAACAUGAGCAAUCAACGAAGCUGUAUUCUGUUUAUUGCGCUUGUGGUUAUUUUGCUCUACUUGUACUAUGAAUCUAUACCAAAGAAAGAACUUAAUAAAACAAAAGAGAAACUAUUAAAUGAAAAUUUUUCAUCUUAUAAAAUGCUAAAAGAUGAACCCAAAGUCUUGUUCGGUCGUCAAUUAUUAUCAUACUCUACUGAAAAUGCAGAAGAUCCUUCUCAGAAAGAAAUAUCGAGUCAUUCAACGAAAUUUUUCCAAUUUAGAACGCUAAAUACUUUUCCUGAUACAGAUCAUAAAAAUAAAGUAAAAAGAAUAAAAAGAAACGCCAGAAUCAGAAAAAGUAUUUAUAAAUGGAAGUUUAACAUUAGCUUAUCAAAGUUGGAUGAUGAAUUUACUAAACAAACUGAUAACCUCAAAAAUUCAGUCAACGAAAAUCAAAGGGAAGAAGAAUCUCUGAAUGUAGAAAUUUACAUUGAUGGAAAAACUAAACAGUUUAAAAACCUGGAACAUUCUUGGCAUGUCGUAAAAGAGUCUUUGAGAAAUUUUUAUAAGGAACCAAACGAGCCACGAAGCCAGGAUGCACUUAAUUUUCUCGAUUUUUCCUCUCAAACUAGUUCCUCUCAAACUGAAGAGUCUACCAAAAGUUCUAAGGAUUUUUUCUCAUUAACUGUUCAAAAUAGUUCAGAAAAUCUGAUUCGGGAAGAAACUAAGAAGAUAAGUUCAAGUUCAAGAGGUAGGGAGGCUAAGUUCCUUUUUCUAGAUUUUGGAGGUGGUGGAAAUAAAGAAAACCCACCUAUUUUGUCUGAAAAUGGGGAAAAUAUGAUUAAUAAAGUUACUCCCACUGAAUCUAUGCACGACCUCUCAUUUUUCAAUUCAACUGAACAGUUUGACAUAAAAAUUGUAAAUGGUGGUGUAUUUUCCUCAACAUUACUCCCAGAGCAUCAAAAACUUGAUCUUCCAUUGCCGGAACCAAAUCUUCAACUAACAAGCCCCGAAACAACACUAGAUUCUACUAUAAAAGCUACAAAACCUAAUACUCCAAAUCCUACAUUUAGUAGUAACGUUUUAAAUUGCAAUGGUUGUGUCGUACAGGAAAUGAAAUCUUCAACUGAAUUACAAACUGUUGCAGAUAGAAAAACUGAUGCAACAAACAAUGUAAUGCAAACAAACAUACCGAUAAACGUUAUAGAUAUAUCCCCUGAUUCGAUUCAAAUGUUUUGCCGAAACUUUGUACAAAGUCUUAGAAAGUCACCCAGAGUUGAGGAUGAGUCAGCUGAAUUUGGAAGCGGUCAUUUAGAUGCAGAAAACAAUAUGGAAAUUCUCAAAGAAACAGAGAUAGGAAGUGGAAGUUUUGAUGUAGAUAAGUUCGAAAGUCUUAGAGUGACGACUCCAACUGUAGCCACUCUGAAAACAAGCCAGCAACAAUUAGGUCUUCUUCAGCGACUAUGGAACAUAAUACCAAAUUUUAGAAGCAGAAACCAGCGCAACUUGGUUAGCGAUGAUUUAGAGAUUUCGGGGUUUCCUAAAGACUUUUCUGUGCAGGAUUGUAAAGACCUUUUCACUAAUCAAAUAAAAUCUGAAUUUAGCACUCUUCAAAAUAUAGAAAAAACUACUUUAUCAGAAACAAAAAGUAUCUCUUUAUUUCCUCCAGAUAAUCUAAUAAGUGAGACUGAAAACAGAUCAAGAAGUAGUUUCGAUUUCAUUGAAAAAACAGGUGCCGUGAAAGUUGAUGAAAUUACAACUAGGACAGCAUCAGAUAUAAUUGUCCAAUUCCAGAACAAACCUUCUUUUGAAGAAUUGUCUUCAAGUAUAUUUCAAACUGUUCCCUCAUUCCAUGACCAAAUUAAGACAGCUGAUAAAUCUGAAAUGAUCAACAUCGUUCCAUUUAAACAAACAAAAUCAAUUGGUGAAGUUAAUGAAAUUACAAGUAUACCAACACCAGAAUUAUUCGUGCCAUUCCAAAACAAACCUUCAGUUAGUGAAUCGACAUCAAAUGUGUUUCAAAAUAUUCCCUCAUUCCAUGAUCAAAGUAUGAUAACUGAUAAAUCUGAUAUGGUCGACUUUGCUCCCGUCAAACAAACAGAAUCUGUUAGUAACCUGGAAAAGAUUACAGUAACAGAAGGGUUCUCUUUGAAAGUUGAAGAUUCUGGGGAACAACAGAAGGUUUCUAGGUCAACGGUUGUUCAUCUGAUGACUACAUCAACUGCUUCUCCUUUGAUUGAGAGUUUAAUUGGUUUAAGCACCGAAUCUUCUAUUUCACUAAAUGCUCAAACACCAAAUAUAAUCUCUAGUGAAAUUCCUGAAGACUUGAAAAUUAUACCCUCAGAACGCAUAAUUCAGGAGGAUAAAAAAAUAUUUUUCAGUGAUUUAAACAAUGAUGACGUUUUAGAACUUGGAUCAUCAGAUGAACGAAUAAUUUCUGAUACAUUUACUACAAUAGAUGAAAUCGAGUUGAAAGAAGUUACUCUUGGUCAAAAUACAUUUAUAUCAGAGCGAAGAUUUAUCCCUAACUUUUUCAGUGGGGGUAGCGGUGCACGUGAUUUACCCGAAUCUUUUAUUUCCACCGAUACUAAUACGAUUAAAAAUGAAUUGAGUUUGCCAAACACAAAUGUUCAAAGUGUAUUUGAUAACCCAUUUCUGGAAGAGGGAAAUGCAUUAAAGACAACUGUCGAUUUUAUACAAGAACCCAUGAUUGACGAAGAACGUAGAUUUAUCCCAAAUUUCUUUAAUGCGGGCAGUGGUGCACGAGAAUUACCCGAAUUCGGUAUUUCCUCAGAUGUUACAUCGUAUGAAAAAGAAAUAGUUUUAUCAGGAACAAAUGUCCAAAGUGUAACUAGUGGCAUAUUUCUGGACGAUUCUUCAGAGAAAACAGUUAAUUUCAUGCAAACUCCCGUGACCAACGAUGGUCGUAGAUUUAUUCCAAAUUUUUUUAGUGAAGGCAGUGGUGCACGCGAAUUACAAGAAUUGCAUAAUACUACUGUAUCUGAUGGAAUAUUUGUGGAAGAAUUAUCUGAAAAGGAAAUCUCUAAAAAUUAUAUUUUGAUAAAUAACAACAAUGAAUUUUCUUCGUUAGAGCCUUUUGAUGUAGGUAGUGGAGAAAGAAAGCUAGAUGAAGUUACCAUAGAUACUAAAAAUUUAGAUAAUAAUUUUCCCGAUAAUGUAUCGCCACCUGAAUCCGUGACCUCAUCUUCUGAUGGUUUGAUCAAUGAGAAAAUAAUUACCAAAAUCAAUACAGAUCCUCCUGUUUAUCGAGAAAUUUUCAUGAAUGACACUGGUAGUGUUGAAUUUGUCGAUCCAAGAAAAGAUAAUUCAGACCAAAAUUCGAUUUUUCAAAGCAGUGAAAGAACUGAAUAUUCCUUGACAACUCAGAAACCUUGCAUUAAUUGUUCAAAUGUUUCUUUAGAAAAAUCAAAAUCCCAGGUUGAUACCAUUUUUCUAACUCCAGAAGAAACCCCAUCGGAAAACAAACAACCAAGUAACGAGACAGAGGUGGCUCAAGCCGUAGUUUCGUUUUCUCAAGAUUCGGAUGUAGCAAGUAGUACGUUUUCUAACUCUAACAAAAAGAACCCUAUAUUUGCUGAUUUAUUAACUGAAAUUGACGUUGGUAAGCAAGACAAAAAUAAAAUAUAUUUAGAACCAGAACCAGAGAUGUCCGUUCAAUCUUUUAAGCCCACAGAGCCCAGUAGAACAACCGAAUUAAAUGAUGAUCCUCCACCAGAUAGUUUCUAUUUCUCUUUAAAACCUGAAGCAACUGAUAUAUCUUCUAAGUCAAAGAUUACUGACUCUGUAAUUGUUGAUUCAUCAGGAGGUGAAACAGAUCCAAUCAAUAGUGAUAAAAUACAUCUUAAGCCAGAACCUGAGAUAUCUUCAGGGUCUCUUACAAGGAGAAGAGGAGCCAGAUUUGAUAUUUCCCCAACAGAUAUGCCCGGUUUUACUUCAAAACGAGAGACAACUGUAUCAGAGGUUCAAAUGUCUCUGCGACCCACACAAUCUGUUAACUUAUUUCAAUCAAGAAGAGGAGCACGUGGGCAUGAUUUAUUUGAUCUUGAAAAGUUGGAUUCUGAAGCCACCUUAUCUAUUUCUAAGGAAGAAACAGAAUCUGGUACUUCAGAAGCUGUCGAAGAAGCAGCAAAUUCUUUAACAGGGGCUAAAACUAAAAGAACACUGAAUCAUACGCUUACUGUUGAAGAUGAGGAAAAUGGCGCAACUGAAUCAAUUAAUCUUUCAAAACCCUUUGAGGCCCUUUUUACUGAAAUGCCAGGAAAUAAAAAUAAGUUCUUUACUACACUAUUUUCAGAUAACAGCUCGAUGACAGACUCAAUCUCGCCUGCUUCUUCAACGAAAGAAAUGCAAUCAACGGAAGUCAAUCUUAACCCAGAACUCCCAUCUCCGAAGUUUUGUGAGAGUGCAAGUGAGUGCAAUGUAUCUCUAAACGAGCGAUGUAUGCCAAAGGACGAUAUUCUGAUAUGCAACUGUGGUAAAGCUUUUAGAAGGAAUCUGAAAACAAAAAAAUGUGAAGCAACAAUUACUUUACAAACAUCUAUUACUCUUCCUGGUGAAAGAUUCUAUGAAGAUUUGAGAGACAUAAAUACGCAACUAUACAAGCAAAAGAAGAGGGAUUAUAUUAGAAUUAUGUGGUAUCUUUUAAGACAUAAUCCUAAACUUUUCCACACUGUGGCCGAAGUAGAUAUUACUGGCUUUGAAGAAGGCAGUUUGAUUGUAAAUUAUACUAUGAAACUUCUGGAUAAUGGAAAUGAAACUGCUUCAGAGUUGGCUCAACAGCUUCAAGAGGAUCUGAGCAAAAUAAUCAAUGAACAGGAACAGCUAAAAAAUGCAUCCUUAGAGUUUAAAAAUGCAUCAGUAUCAACGUUAGUGCUAAAUCCAUGCUUGAGUAGUGACAUGAAUUACUGCCAUAAAAAUGCAUUCUGCAUUCAAACUGAGGAAAAAGGAUUUAAAUGUCAAUGUAAAGCUGAUUAUUUGGAUAACUCUAGGGAUAAAAGAUAUCCCGGAGAAAAUUGUACAGGCAUUUGUGAUGCCAGCUACUGCGGAGAUCAUGGGAAGUGCUAUUUAAAGGAUCUGAAACAAAAGCAAUGCAGGUGCGAAGGUUGGUACUUAGGUGAGAGAUGUGAAAUUAAUGGCAUAGGUUAUUUAAUGUUGCUUAUUGCAGUUGUGAUUGCCAGUUUUGCCUUCGCUAGUUUCUUGAUUAUAGCUGUUGUGGUCCUAUUUGUAUUUUACUGCAAGAAAAACAGGAAUCGUAAGUUCUACAACAGAAACUUCCAGCCUGGCCAGGAACCUCCAACAACAGGAGAUUCUCUAGAGCUAGAACAAGCUGGCCAACACUGUAGGAUGUCAAAAUUUCUCGCUGUUAGUACACCUUUAUACGAGGCACCAAAUCCUACUAUACAAGUUACCAGUCCAUCAUUUACCGGUUCAAGCAUAGAUUAUGAUUCAACAUUUGAUCGAACUCCAUAUGACUCUGAAGUUUCAAUUGAGAGCGGUAUUGCACCAAAAGUUUAGAUUGUUCAGUUACAUUCUUUUAAAAUUUUAGUUUAGUUUUUACAAUUUUGUGAAAUUUGUUAAUUGUAUUGUUAAAAUUCCAAAAACAAAUAGGCACAGUUUAAAAAAAAUUGUGCCUAAUUUUAGAAUGUUCAUCAAUGAAUUUGUUUUACAAUUUAAAAUUGUUUUAUAUAUAGAUGUUUUUAAAUUAAAAUUUUAACCUUUAUGUAGUUUUAAGUUGUUCAAUGCAAAGCUUUUUAAAAAAUAAAAUGUUUCAAACUGAA